AUGGACAGUGAACAUAGAGAAAAAUUGAGCUCCAUACAUAGGCCAUUUUUAGUGAAAAAUCUUUGUUUAACAGAAGAAUUUUUCGUAAUAUUGCUCGAGACAAAAACUAUGACAAAAGAACUGAUAGAAAAAGUUCAGCUUGAUAAAAGUGAUCCCAUAAGUUGCUUUUUGGAUCAUCUUGUGAGAAGAGAAGACUCAGCAUAUAAUUGUUUUUUAGAAGCACUUUUAAAAACUUCGCAAGAAAAUAUUGUAAAAGUGUUGGAACCAAGGUUCACUUACAAUAACAGUAAUUGCACUCGUCCAGUAAAUGUUAAUAUAUUUUCAUUAUUCACUUAA